AUGAAUUCGCACAUUAAUUUCCCUCCAACCACACUUACAUCAAUUGAGUCCACAACUUCAUCCAUUACAAUUGGUUCUUCUCCUUAUGACAUUGUAACAAAACGUUCAUUAUCAAUUCGCCCCAAGACCAGUGUUGAUCUAGUGUCAAUCCCUGAAAAUGCUCCAGCUACACUUUCAUUUCAUAACAUUAAUUAUAUCAUUGGAGCCAAAGCAGAAUCAAGCAAACGAUGUUCGAAAAAUUUGACUCUUCCAUUCUUCAAAGCUUCAGAACUAAAACAAGUUCUCUUCGAUGUAUCAGGAAAAUUCAUGAAUGGAAUGAAUGCUAUACUUGGUCCUUCGGGAUGUGGAAAAUCCUCAUUACUUGAUAUAUUGGCUGAUCGAAAAGAUCCGAAAGGCAUGUCUGGACUCAUACUAGUCGACAAUGAACCACGACAUCCAUCUUUUCGAUACACAGUUGGUUAUGUCGUUCAAGAAGAUAUUUGUAGUGGUACAUUAACAGUUCGAGAAAAUCUAUCUUUUUCGAUUAAUCUUCGUAUGCCAAAAGAAGUAUCAAUAAGUAAAAAAAACGAUUGUGUUGCUCGUGUUAUUAGUGAGCUUGGUCUUGAAGCUUGUGCUGAUACACGCGUGGGCACAGAAAUUCUUCGAGGCGUCUCUGGUGGUGAAAAGAAAAGAACUUGUAUUGGUAUGGAAUUAGUUUUAUCACCUAAGAUCUUGUUUCUUGAUGAACCAACAACAGGUAAGAAGGGUAUAUAA